AGUCAAGGACCGACACAGUUUUACCCGUUUUACCCAUCUAUAAAAGCAACUACUUUCGGCAAUAUCUCAAUACAUGAUUUAGUAUAAUAAAAAUAUAUCAUUUGUUUUUUUUUUUUAAAAUCUACAUUAAAACCAGUUCCUUUGAAUAAAUUACCAGCUCUUGAACACAACAAAAAAGAUAUAUAUAAAUACAUAUAUAAUUAUUUAAUUAUAAAAAUAAAUAAAAAAACAAUGAGUUUGAUUUUAUUUAAAAAUUUAUUGUCAAACAUAUCGUGCAACGUUUUAUGUCCUACCAUUUUUGUGCAUUGUGUUUUUUAAUUUUAUAAUUUUUCGCAAUAUAUAUAGCAAUUUAUCGGAUUGUAAAAAUAUUUUAUUGUUUUAAAUUUAAAUAUAUAUUUAAAAAUAAACGAGCUGAAAGUGAUUGUAAAAAAAUAACUGGUAUGAUAAUUUGCAAGAUUUCCAAGUCGUUUUAAAGAAAUUUAAAAUCCUUGAAAUGGAGUACUGACACCUACACUAACACCAUGUUUAAACAAUCCUGUAUGAUGAUUGACGACGACUCAUGAUAAUAAAAAAAUAUUGUCCAUGGAGAUGGCAAUGCACAACAAAGCUAUUGGAUAACAACUGUGGGGUGUCAAUUGUUAAGUGGAUUGUCUUAAAUAAACUAUUAUUAUUAUUGUUUUUAUUAUUAUAAAUAAUUAGAAAAUUAUUUAAUUAAUAAGUUUGGAGACGGAGUAAUUAUUUUAGAUACGAUAAUAACGAUACGAAAGUGUAAAAGUUUAAUUGUGUCCUAAUGCGGGUAUGUGGAUGCAUUUAUACCAAAAAAAAUGCCAGGAAGGCAUCUGCAGAGACUCUCGUAUCUCUGCAACAUGUUUAGUUUUUUUUUUAUUUUUUUGUCAUAUAUAUGUUAAUGCAUAUGUAACUGAUGCCGCCGUACCCCGUCUUUCCAAGGAUGCCGAUACACCGCAAGACAUUCUCAAGGCAUCGAAAAAUACUGAUCAUAAAUGUACCAAUAUGACUUCUGUCGUCAAUCCUGAUGCAGGUUUGUCGAUGGUGAGUCAUGAGUCUGGGUAUCCUUAUCCACCAACAGUGCCUCCAUCAUUUUUAAGCGGAGCUCUUACUUGCCAGCCCUACCGUGGAAUUUAUGUUAAUCACAUCUACUUUCAACUAGCAAAUGCAUUUUUCUUAUUGUCGCAUUUAGCUCCAAGUGGUAUACACGGUGUAUUAUAUUUGAGAUGCACAUUAUUAAUUGGUUGUGCAUUUCUCGCGCUAUGGGGAUGGACCAUAGUCUGUUGGCUGGAUGCUGCCAUGUGGAAUGGUCUCUUUGUAGCCAUUAAUUUUGUCCAUGUUUGCACGUUACUUUAUCGUUUGAGACCUAUCAAAUUUUCAAGAGAAGUUGAAGAGGUUUAUGCAGCAGUAUUCCAACCAUUACGAGUAUCGAGACAUCAAUUUAAAAAAGUAUUGAAUUGUAUGAAAGCCAUCAAACCUUUAAAGUAUCAAGAGGUUUAUGCACAAGAAAAAUCAACUAAAGUUGAUUCACUGUCUUUAGUACUGUCGGGAAAACUUGUUGUAUCACAAAAUGGUAGAGCACUUCACAUUGUCUUCCCUCAUCAAUUUCUCGAUUCACCUGAGUGGUUUGGAGUAUCAACAGAUGAAUAUUUUCAAGUAUCAAUAACGGCAAUGGAAGACUCUAGAAUAUUACUUUGGCAUAGAGAUAAAUUAAAACUGAGUAUAAUGACAGAUCAAUUUUUACAAGCAGUCUUUGAUCAUAUACUAGGUAGAGAUGUUGUAAAAAAAUUAAUGCAAGUAAGUGAAACAAUGGCAGCUGGUAAUCAUCAACACCAAAAUGGUCAAGUCGUCGGACUAGGCGGAGUCGGAAAUAUAGAAAACGAUUCCGAUACUAAAUUAUUUGUUGUCAAAAAGUCCGACAAUCACGGAAUCACGGCACUUAUAAGUCGUCAACUUCAAGAGGAGAGAGUGCCGCUGCUGUAUACGAGCCCUGAUGUGUUGAACAACGCACUGCAUCACCUAAACCAUCUUCACGCGCCUUAUGUACUUCCCCUUUAUACCAAAACAUCAACCAAUGACAAUUCCUCCCAAUCAGAAUCCUAAUUAUUCAGUAAAUAAUAUCCCAUAAAAAAUAAAUUAUUUAAAAAAUAUAUAUAUAUAUAUAUAUUUCGUCGAUCCUCAUCUGAAUUUAUAUUCGGUACAUCAAUCUGUACAUCGCUGUGUAUUAAGUACGUACGCCAAUGCCACUGGGUUACUCAAUUAUUUUCUUCCCGGUCUUAUCCAGGUUUGCCUAGGAUAAGAUACUAUUACUGUGCUGCUGGAGAUCCAAACGCUUGGAGAUUGGGAAGAAUUGAAGAGACUGAUCAUGAAACACCUGUCUAAAAUAUACUCACAAGUUAUUCACA